AUAGCUCAGAGGUAUGAUUUUAGUCAAGGCCAUGGUUGCUUUUUCAUGGCAGAAGCAUCGAGUGACUGCCAGUUUGCCAGUUCGCCAACCUGUUUAAAAGACAGACAGGGAGAGAAAGAGAGAGAGUGUGUGGGAACUACAUUUUCUGGGUACUUACUGUACAGCAAGCACCAUCGAAUCAAUCGCCGCAUAAGGUGACAAUUCACUUGAUGAUCUGGAUGCAGUUACAUGUACAAGAGUUUCAAAGACAGCGCAGAUAUCGAUUGCCCCAUUGGGAUGAGUAUUCCAUGGCCUGCCAUGGAUGUGGAGAAAUGUUGUUGAAUCUGCCGUCUUUCCCAUCCACCGCCCCGAGCAGUUCCGAAGGUUUUCCGCAUCCGCGAAAUUUUCUCUUCUGGCCGGUUUCCCCGUGUGCGCUUCUCCAGCUUCAUUCCAUCCUAUUCCUAUACUUUACCUUUUUUCCUCUCUUCCCCCCUCCCCAUUUUGCGCUUCCCUUAGUUGUUUUGGGAUCUGGGGUCCGGUUUGCACCUGCUUCAAUUGCUCCUCUCCUAUACCUUUGUAUCAUAUUCCAUUUUUUUUCUUUCUCAAUCUCCCUCCCGUUACGUUUCCUUUUUAUUUUCUCCACCGCUACCCGAUUCUUCUUCGGGUUCGAGUCAUCAAGUCGUCGCCAGGUCGCUACGCUUCUUUCAUACUCCAGUCACCCUUCCUCUCAUUACGGUCCGGUCAAUCCAUUAAUUAGUCCGCUAAAAUGGCCCAGACCAAUGGCGAAUUGGAGCACUCGAAAGGUUUGCUCUCUCCGACAUUCUCGCAGCAUGUUUUGCCUUCGGCCAACUAAUCAACCGCCCGUGCAGAGUCUCCCGAACAGCUUCUCAAUGGCGACUCCCCUGUUGAGGGCCAGGAGGAGGAACUUAGCGGUGGUAUGUGACCUUGAAAAUUGUCUCAAACUACAUUGAUUACUGACGGGCACGGCUGUUACGUUUCAGGUCUUUUCCAGAUCUCCGUGAAGUUGCCUCGCGAGCCCUACAAGAUCCAGGUCAUGGUGGGUAUCUUGUCUACAGGAAUUUUAUACGGCCAGCACCAAAUCCCGUCGUUCUAACCCAGAUCCUUCGUUAGGUGUCGAGUCAAGAACAAG